UCUCUCCUCCUCUUACACUCAGCAUCAGUCUCACACCAUGUGGACCCAGGUCAGCGCUCUGCUGCUCCCGCUCGCCUGCUGCCUUUGGUCAGCCGAGGCUCAGACUGCGAACAGACAAAGCAUCUGGAACAACCCCAUUCAAUUCCAGACCAAGGCCAAGGACCAGUGCACCAUGACCAUCACGGGUCAGGGGGAUUACACACGGCUGAGGCUGAUGUGCCAGAGCCGGCAGCGCUCCUACUGGUGCGAGUACGUUGGACAGCCUCACACCUGCGGCAGCUACAACAAGAACCCUCGCCACUACUUCGUGCAGAUGAUGUGGGGCCUCAGAAAGCUGCACAACGCCUGCCUGGGGCCGAGGCAGAUCAAACCCCACAUGUGCAGGAAGGCAGGCGAUGAGUCUCAAAUGGUCUUCUCAACCGGUUCCUUCUCCAGAACAUCGCCGGAGGCUCCGACGAGGGCAAAACCAGCCGCACAGCCUGCCGGACCUCAACCUCAGCCAACAAGACCCGAUUCUGCAAGGCAACCCAAAGCAAAGCCCACAGCGAGAACCAAUUCACAACCUCUGACGCCACCUGUGGAGAGCAACGCUAAGAGGCUGGCUCAGCAGUACUGCUGGAGGUCGCUUCGAGGCAUCUGCUCCUACUUUAUUGGCUUGGUUCGGAAAAACUGAGGAAGAUUUAUAAUGAAGAUAACUUCAACUGUCUGAUUAUACCAGCCAUCAUGGAGGGAAAACCCGAGCAGCAGUCUGGUAGAAAUUGUGGAAGAACUGUAGCGCCCUCUCCAGAGCAAGAGACGGUACUGCUGUGACCGUCUGAAGCAGGAUUUCUGUGAACCUUGAAUGCAUCAUCUUACAGAUGUCACUGCUUGGAAAGACUCUACUACCGGUCUUGAUUGGGUAAAAAAAAAAAAAGUUGUUUAUGGUUGUAUAUGAUAAGUAUGAAAUGUAAAGUUUGACUUGUGAGAAGGUUUCUCCUGCUGCAAAAACAUUCUCAACAACACAUUUGCCUUACUGGUUUCACUCAUUAGUUUUUAAGCUGUUUACCUAUGCGUAUAAUCUACGUGCAUCACUUAAUAUUAUAUUGUUGGGAAAGAGCAGAGGUCUGAUAAGAUAGUGAUUUUUGUACUGUUGUAUUUGAGGGAAUAUAUAAUGAAUGUGAAAAUAACUUUAUUAAAUAAAUAAAUAUUAUGAUCCA